AGCUACCAGAAGAUGAAGCAGGCGAGAAAAUCCCUUCUCCUGGGUUACGCCUGGCUUGCUUUCUGCUCUUCUGGGCUCCUUCUGUACCUUCGCUAACUGUUAGAAAUCUGACAGGACGGAAUCAACAACUCUGCGUCGUCACUAUCAUUCAGCCGCAAGGGGAAAAGGAAGGUGAUGCCGGGCAGUUCAUCUGAGAAUGCCGAGAUUGGUUGUGCCGUAAAGACCAAGGCCGCGAAAAUUGAAGCCGAUCUAAAGAGAACCGACGGGAAGCCUACACUGAUCAGGCUCCUGACGCCCUCCAAUUUCACUGCUCGAGAUUAUAAGCUGUGUCUAUCUAGAGCAUUCUGUGAGUGGCAUAUGCCAAGCGCGGACAAGCAGGUCACCUUAGAAGGGGAAGAUGGGAAGGGUUUCCUGGUCAAUUUUUACUGGCGUGAUAGCAGGAUCCGCGGAGGGUGGAGGGCUUUUGCCAGUUACCAUGGAUUAGUGGUUGGAGAUGCUCUGGUUCUUCGUCUUGUCAGUCCCUUGAUGUUCAAGGUUUACAUUGUGAGGGAAAAUGCCUCGAAGGAAGUGGGUGUCGAUCAUGGUCGUUUAAGGUCGUGA